GAGGAUUGGUCGCCGGGGCUCCUGUCGACGAAUCGCCCGCCCGCCAAUCCCUCGCCCGGGCGUAGGCAUCACCGGGGCUUUGCCUUUGCCCAGCCCCAAUCCGGGCGUCACUUGGGGGGGAAAGUGGGUCUCCAUGCGCCAUCACAUCUGCCGCGGAAUCGACGUAUCUAAAAAGAGAGGCCUGGCAUGCUUUCCGAAGGGUGUUGUCAUGUGAAUGUUCUGUAUGUAAAGGGAAAGUGAUGCAGCUGCAAGGAUGAAGAGUGAAAACCAUGCUAUAGGAUCUUUAUAUAAAUGCAUGCAACAUUCAGGGAAGGUUUGCAGAUGUCAAAUUUGUAUGCUCGAUGAUGUGCGAUGUAGAAAAAAUGGACUGAGGGUAGUAACCCAUCUGCAUAGACCAAAGAAGAAAGGCUUGGGUUUCUACACGCCAAUAUAAAGGAGGAGCAUCACAGUCUGUUGAUGUUCAAGUCAUUCUCCAAAAUGUGAAUAGAUGCUGCACACGCUGCAACAAAACCAUUUGCAUAUAGAGAUCGACCAGUUGGAUAUGCAUUUUGUGCUUGCCUCCCACAGCCCCUGCUUAGCCUCUUUUCCCAUCGUUCAACACUUAUAAAUGGAGUAUGCUAAUUUACGACGCCAAGCAGCAUCCUUGAAAAGGAGCCUCUUUGAUCAGGGGUAUUUGGAUGAGCAAUUUUGCCAGGUUGAGGACUUGCAGGAUGAAGCAAGCCCCAAUUUUGCAGAAGAAGUGGUCUCCUUGUUCUUCAAGGACUCAGCGAGGCUAGUGACAAACAUUGAGCAAGCUAUGGAGAAGUAUCCAAAAGAUUUCAAUAGAUGGGAUGCACACAUGCAGCAGCUUAGAGGCAGCUGUUUUAGCAUCGGCGCUUCUAAGAUGAACAAUGAGUGCACAUCUUUCAGGAACAGCUGUGGAGAAGAAAAUGCUGAAGGCUGCAGGAGAACUUUCCAGAAAGUGAAGAGGGAGCAUGCUAUUCUGAGGCAGAAGCUGGAGUCCUACUUCCAGCUGCUGCGACAAGCUGGUCCUGCUAGGGCCGCGACCAGGCCUGGAAGCAUGUAAGGCGCUGGCGCUUUACAGGGAGGUGAACCAGUAUAUCUCUAUACGGGAUUGUUGCAGAGGAAGAAGACCCAGGAACAGGAGACAUGCCUGGCGUUAGUUCAUUAAUGCCUGAAAGAUACCGUAUAAUGAUCAUAAAAAAGGUAUCAUAGUAAUAUAAUCAUAAGGGCACCAUGUUGGUGUCCUGUUGGAUAAUAGUCUGAUAUAGUCGUAUCAUGUCAUGUCCGCGCUUAUGUACGGUAAAUAAAACCAACCGAGCUUGCAAGUGUCUGUUACGGAGUAUUAAUUAAUUAAUUUAUUGACAAGGAGCCUGUGAAUGAAUGUUUGCACAACAGCCAA